GUGGGUUCAAGUAAAAACUUCAAAGUAGCUUCCCUUUUUAAACGUCAACAUGGCGGGUGUUUCGAGUGAUAAAAGAAAAUGCACUUCUCAUGAUAUUGAUUUUGAUGGAGCAUUACUAUCUAGUACUAGAGCAAGUCUUGUGAUUGAAUUAAUUAAAUAUCUUUUAUAUGAACGCCAACAAAUCCCUCUUCCUUUAGAUCAAUUAUCAUUUUUUCUGAAUAAUAAUGUAAAGACUGGAGAAUCGUCAGAAAAUCAAAAAGCACUGGCAGAAGUUCAAACAGACUUGAGUAAGUUGAGUGUCUUGACAGAGUCAUCAUCAGAGAAUAUGUCGUCAAAUAUGAAAGCAGAUUUAUUAUUAGACCUAGAUCUAGAACAAAAUUUAGGUCUAGAUUUGAUGGAAUUUAAAAGGAAUGGUCUGAAUAGAUCUAGCAGUGAUUACCAACAACUUGAACAAGCUCGACUAAAUCAUCAUGAUCAUGUUUUUCCUAAAUUAAUAAAAGAGACCAGAAUCAAACAUGGUUAUCAUCAAAAUCAAGCACAUAAAAAUAUAAAUUUCUUCAAAGGCAACGAGCAGAAUGAGUAUGCCAAAGAAGCCACAAAUGGAACGGAUUCUGAGUACAUCAGCAAAGAUUUUGAAAGACGAAUGCAAGAGGUAUCAACUGAAAAGUUAGCAAAAUAUGAAAUAAAAGAUGGCUGUCAGCAAGUUCAUACUAAGUCACAGAUUUGGACAGCUGAAACAAAUUGUAAUUUGAAAAUGCUUUCAAAAUUGGACAUUACUAAAGCUCCACUCACUAAGAACUCAACAAUCAAGAAAACUAAAAGUCUUAUUCAAGAUCUAACUCAAACAUUUGAUAACUUGAAGAAAGCUUUUGAAGUGUGUCCUGAAAUAGAACAGGUCGCAGUUCUGCUGGGUGGCACAGUUGUUAGUCCAAAGGAAUCAUAUUUUAUCAACUUUCCUCCCCCCUGCCCAGAUGCAGAUUGUUUACCAUUAGUAGUUUGUAAAACUACACUUUUUAAACAGAUAAUCAGUGAAGAUAUCUUUGGCGUUCUCACAAAUACAAUUUCACCUACAAAUAUAAUGCUGUUAUUUUCUGCGCCAAGGACUUGCCCUCUUCAAUGGUUUCUACCUAAAAUGUCUUUUGCUGCACCCCGCAUUGGAACAGUAAUUACAUUGAAUUUUCAUUGUACUUAUUUGGUACCAACCUGUCAUGAUUUAACACUAAUGGAUGCAGAAAUGGAGCUGUCUGGGAUAGAACUCCUUGACUGCUCUCUAUGUGAAAAAGAUGCCAGUGGUGCAGAGAAAGAGCCCACUUCACACAAGAAUGGUGAUGAUGCUGAAAAAGAUGACACAAAGAAGAACAAUUGUGAAUUUGUAAUCCAUUCCAAACACAAAGAUUUUUCUAGAAAUGUAGUGAAUGGAGACACUACAUCCCAUCCGCAGUCUGUGGACACAACACCCUGCAUCUCCAGGUUCUGUGUCCACCAAAAACUAAACUAUAUUUAUAGCCAUCACAAAAGGAGAGAAAGGGCCAAUCAAAAAUAUUCCCAUGAUGCAAUUGGCUGCAUUCUAAAUGACUCCCCUACACAAUGUCAGUCUAUAAAUAUCCCUGCAGAGAAGGAUCUCCUCUGGUACCAAAGCCCCCUUAUUAUAAAAGGUUUUAACUUGCACUAAUGUUCAGUGACUUCUAUAUUGAUAAUUAGACCUUGAUUACUGUACUUCACAAGUUUAAUUUUGUGAGAUAUUUUUAUGAUAUAUUUUAUCACACUGUAAAGCUUAUAGUUUCCACUAUGUGACUAGUAGUGACUUUACAAUAUAUUUAUUUUAUUAUCAAAAAAUAUGUUGUUGUUUUUUCUUCAGACUGAUUUUAUAAUAUCAUUUAGUAUUAUGUUCAAGGUUUAGAUUCAUAAAAUACAAGACUAAAAGAUGCCUACAAAAAUAACAGGAAGCUACAAUCAUUUAUGCAGUUCAUUGAAAGCAUAAUUAAGCACAAAGGUGUGUCACACCUACCUUGUAACACAGAACAUUUGUUAAAGUCAUUAAUAUGUAAACUGUUAUUUUUAUUUUAUCUUACGUAUUACCCCAGCAUAUUAUUGACUGACUUUUCAGGUUAGAGGUUUUAUCCCAAGAACCAUAUGCUAAACAAAAUUGUUAAAUCCUACAAUGUGGGGAUAAUUUAUGUGUGUUAAUAAUGUUUAUGCUUUAGAGGAUGCACACUAAGUGGCAUUCGAAGCAAAGGUUUAUUUAUUCUUUGUUAAUUGUACAAUAAUUGAAGAUGAAAAGUAAAAUUAGAUAGGUUUGGUUAUUAUUUAGCUGUUUAUUAUAUUUUCAAACUCAUUUUUCAAAAAGACUUGCUCAUAUUUAUUACAUAAAUGUAUUGCUUUAUUUUUUUAAUCUCAUUUAUUUUAUAUAUUUUUUAUUCAUAUUCUCUGAUUUAGUUUGAUCUGUUAACGCCAUAUAUUUAUUUGGAGUAUACAUUGUAUUGGAAUUAAUUUUUUCAAUGUUACUAUAAAUUUAAAUCCUGAAUUAGUAUAGUAGAACUGA